CUCAGAACAUCAGCUGUGGCACUAAAAUGUCUCACGGCUUUUCCAGUAUUAAUGGCCGGGGUAUAGUCCCUGCAUUCCCUGGUCUGUCAGCCCGAAGCAUUCCGGAAAACCCAGAUAUUCAACGUGAGACUCUGCGUUUGCUACUGCAGUAUUCUAGGGUCUCUUCUCUAUCAGAGAAUUUGUCAACUCCGGCAACCUCUAGCCGUACAAGAGACGAGGUCCGAGAUGCCUGGCAGACUCCACAGCCUGAAGUCCAGCCCAGUGAAGCCUCACCUCGCCAAAUAUCACCUCGACUCACUCGUUCAUCAAGUGGCAGCCAUGUCACUCGACCUUCUCCUUCCCACUCUGUCGCUCCUUCCUCUGGCAGCCCAAUCCGGGUUUCCCGUCGCGCUUCUUCGCGCGCUUCCUCCCGCGCUCCUUCCCGACGUCCGUCUCCCCAAUCAGUUUCUGUCUCCACUUCUUCCUCACAUAGCAUCUCUCCGAAUCAUCGCGAGCGCCAACGGACUCUUAGGGAGAGCGUGGCAAUCUCAAAUGCCAGUAGGAACGAUGAGGUAGUUGCUCCUAAGUCAAAACAGCACUUCUCUUACCCACCGGAUGCCAUGCCAUCUGCAUCCAGAUCCCCUCAUUCGCGGUCGAUAUCACCGACCGCCGAGCAAAGUUCCAUUCGUCGUUCUAGUCGAAAUAGAGUCCAACCAACCAACUAUUACGCCAAUCCUUGGGUGAAUGAUCCCCUGGAAUCGGAAGAGCCAGGCACAAUUGUCGAAGCUAUUCCGGACACAGUCGGGUCAUCUUCUCCACAGGAGCCGCGUCGUGUCACACCACGUCGUGCAAAUGUCCAAAAGCUGCUGUACAGCCGCGAGCUUGGAGGCGGAAAUCAUCGCCCCAUCGUCACUGAUGUGGUCUCGGAUCUAAGACCUUGGAAAUCAUGGCAAGGUGCUUCGGGCGAUCUGCUUGUUCUGGCUUGGUCGCCUGAUGGCACUCAGUUUGCGGCAGGCGCCGCAGCUAAAUCAGACGAACAUAAUAUGCAGUAUAACAAGGCCAAUAAUCUUCUUUUAGGUGAUCUUCAGCGCAAUCGUCUAAAGGAAAUUCCGGACCAUUGGAUUCCACGUCCAACAACGUCACCAGUUGAUGACCCACGGCUUUUCAUGAGCGUCAAUAAUAUGCAGUGGAUUGGUAACCGACUCUACACCGCCAGUUUUGACAAAACCGUCAAGAUCUGGGACGUGGAAUCAAUCCGCAACGUAUCCUGCACUCAUACCUUGCAGCAUGAGUCCCGAGUGGCAGUGAUGUCAGUCUCGAAAUUCAAUCCGGAUAUAUUGGCCACAGGGACAGAAUCAAUCUUGGUCUGGGACACACGGGAUCCGGAAAACUUGACAUCGACUCUCCUUCCCCUCGACCGCGAUGCACGGUAUAAGUCCAAUUUUGAGUUCUCGUCAACGGCCCUGGCCUGGGGACAUACUCCGUCGACUCUGGAAUUCUUAGCUGGAGGUCUGGCCGAACCAGGGGAGGAUCCAAUAUACAAAGGUCACCUAGGCUUGUGGCGAGCCCGUGAAUCUGCAUUUGAAACCAUCAGGAUGGCUUCUACUUCACAUAAUGUCUUUGACAUUAAGUGGCACUCUUCGCUGCCCAUUUUUGCAACGGCCAGUCCUGAAGAUCCUCACAAUGCACGGAUUAAAGGUAUCGGCGUUACCACGAAAUCAAUUGUGAGAGUGUUCAGCCUUAAUUGCGACCUCCAAAAACGCGUGCCGUCUGUGAUGGAAUUCUCCUGUCCGGCGUUAGAUGUCAAUGAGGUCAGUUUCUGUCCAAUGGAUUCGAACGGCACAUAUGUCACCGCUAGUUGCACGGAUGGCAAAACCUAUGUUUGGGAUAGUCGCAAGGGUGAUGCAAUUCUUCACGAACUUCGCCAUAAGGCCCCGCUUAACCCAAUUGAUCACCAAAGGACCCGGGAGACGGCAGACGUGGGCGUCAGGGUAGCUCUGUGGGGUUCGUCCAUGGACCAAUUCUACACCGGUGCGUCCGAUGGUGUUCUCAAACGAUGGGAUAUUCGCCGGUCACCUGAAGAUGUCCUUCUUGAGGAUGUCGCAUCUUUUGAUGAGGAGAUCAUGUGCGCAUCCUUCACCGAAGAUCAGUCUCAUCUCCUUGUCGGGGGUUCUGGAGGAGGCGUGCACGUGCUAUCGUCGGGGCCUUGUUCGGACCCUAACAUAACAACUUUCGAGUUCGAACACGCCCCAGAGCCCGAAAGGCCUAGCGAUAGUGGCGUCCUUGCAGGAAACCAGCUUGUCUCCUCCGGCCAGGUUGUUAAGCACGAAACAUUUGGUAUGGGUCAAGGGCCCUCUUACGCGGGGCCUUUUGCCUUGUGGGCUAGGGACGUCAAGCGAGAUAUUUCUCCUGAUCGAAUUAGAGAUUUUCCUUUGCUCAAGAAAUACCAGAGCCAACAGUUGGAUGGACCGCCACCAGAAGAUCGUGCCGACCUUGAUCUGAACCAGCGACGAGAAGUGGAAAGACAAAUACAACUCGCUGAAAUACGAAAUCGAGGAUUCCACAAGAGAAAGCGCCAGGAGCAGAAUGAUCCUUCUACGUUCCUCUUCCAGGGCCCUAUAUCUUUGUCUUCUCUUGGCUCAUCCCGGCCGGCGAAGAAGAGGAAGAAAAAGGCCGAGAAAAUGGAAAGAACGGAGAAGACCGGAGAAGAAGACAAAGCGAAAAAGAAAUCUCGGAGCAAAAAGAAGGCUCGCAAGGUGGCGCGUCAGAUAAUCAGCAACACAGAAGAUGUUGACCUGACUCUCCUGGACUCAGACACGGAGACGGAGACGUCAAACCGACAUCGGUUUGACCUUGAGGAGCUCCUAGAGGCUCUUGAGGAUGAUAAUUGGUUCCCGGCCAGUGGAGAAAUUGACCCCAACAUCCAAAAAGAGAUAGUCUAA